AUGGCAGCGAAGGGUCUUGGAGACCCCGCAGUUAGAACCUACAUGGCAGCGAAGGGUUUUGGAGACCCCGCAGUUAGAACCUACAUGGCAGCGAAGGGUGUUGGAGACCCCGCAGUUAGAACCUACAUGGCAGCGAAGGGUGUUGGAGACCCCACGGUGCGCACGUUUCGUUUGAAUAUUUUGCAAUCCAUUUAUAGUAUUACCCGCCAGCACGGAAGACCUUUCAUGGUCCGGGUUUUAAACAGCUCCGCCGAGCACUACACGAACUGCGUCUCCACGAGAUACGACUACUGUAACAGAAGCGCACUGGUGCUGGCGUGUCUACUCAAGAGCACAGAUGCAAAAAAGAAAGGCCUUGAGCUGUGUCCCGAUAACGGAACGCCAGAGGUUGACAACAAUGGGGACAACCUGUUCUGUGGGCGUGGUCCCAACCAUGUGGACUGCCCGGAACAGAGUUUCUGUAACAUCGACCCCGCUGACCGGUUCGCGGUCUGCUGUCCGAAGUAGAAAAUAAAGAGGCUCAUGUCCACAGAUA